CAAUCAUAGACCGGUUCAGGAGACAAAAUGUUUGAUGGCACGCGUCUGAUGAAUGUUGGCAGAUUCAGCAGUUCUUUCUAAAGAUUUCACUGGAGCGUGGAUUUGUUUCCUGGCAGACUGAUGAAUGUCCUCCUGUACGCAGACCUCCAGGAGUCGACCUUUGACCUGGGGAAGCUGCCGAGCCGUCGGUUUGAGUCAAUGGAUCAUUUCCACAAGUGUUUUCUGAUCGUGAAGUUAAAGCGAGAUGAUGUGUGUGAGGAGAGAGAGAGGGAUGAGGAUGGACGCAGGGAUUGGAGGGCUAUACGUGUGGAUCUUGUGGCUCCGCCCAUUGAACGCUUUGCUUAUGCUCUGCUGGGAUGGACCGGUUCAACGCUUUUUGAUCGAGAUCUGAGACGAUUCGCCAGACUGGAGCGAGGAAAACUAUUGGACAAUCACGCGCUGUACGACAAAGCCACGAAAACCUUCCUGUCUGCUGAAACAGAAGAAGACAUCUUCAGUCAUUUGGGUUUGGAGUUCAUCGUGCCUUCAGAGAGAAACGCUUAAAGCGCCGAUGUUCUGUGGACUGACGCUCACACUCUGAGUGAUCUCCGGCCCUGAGCCUUUACCACGUCCCACGAGACGCCUCGUCGCUAACACGCCGCCGGUCACCGUUCCGCUUCGCUGGCUUCCCGUCCGUCUCUUGCUGUCUGUCUCCAUGGCCACCUUUCUGAGCUCCGUGCUCCUGCUGGUGCUGCGGACGUACGCCGCUCCUCCAGAACACAUCCAGGUGUGGCCGGGCGGGUGGACGCCGGUCCCGGGAGAGGCCGGAAACGAAACGCUCUCGCCGUCUCUGGUGCCGCCGCCGGGAACCGCUCAGCACGCUCCUCACAGCAUCAUCAUCGGCGUCCGGAAAGGAGGCACUCGAGCGCUGCUGGAGAUGCUGGACAUUCACCCUGAGGUGGCUGCGGCCGCCACAGAGGUUCACUUCUUCGAUUGGGACGAGAACUACGUCAAAGGUUUGGAGUGGUACCGGGAGCAGAUGCCCUACUCGUACCCUCAUCAGAUCACUGUGGAGAAGACGCCGGGGUACUUCACGUCUCUGGCGGCCCCCGCGCGCAUCUGCGCCAUGAACCCGUCCAUCAAACUCCUGCUGAUCCUGAGAGAUCCCACCGAGAGGGUCGUCUCCGACUACACACAGGUUUACUUCAACCGGCUGGAGAACCGCAAGCCCGUGCAGGCCAUCGAGCGCAUGCUGGUGAAGAACGGCGCCUUGAACACGCGCUACAAAGCCAUCCAGCGCAGUCUGUACGACGUGCACAUGAGAAACUGGCUCCAGUAUUUCCCCCUGCGGCAGAUUCACAUCGUGGACGGAGACACGCUGAUCCGUGACCCGCUGCCGGAGCUUCAGAGGGUGGAACGCUUCUUGGAUCUGCCGCCUCGGAUUCAGGCCUCCAACUUCUACUUCAACCAGACCAAAGGCUUCUACUGCAUCCGCAGCGACGGGCACGAGAGGUGUCUGCACGAGUCCAAGGGACGUCCUCAUCCCCCCGUCAACGGCACCGUGCUGCGCCAGCUGCGCUCCUACCUGCGCCAACAUAAUCGAGACUUUUACAGACUUAUUGGACGAACCUUUAACUGGCACUAGCGGGACGGGCCAAUCAGAGCCGAGGGAGCGAUGUUAUCAAUCACCCUCUGUGCUGCUGUUAAGACACCAGUGUCACACAUUUGGUGAUUUUCUCUCCUUCUCUUUGUUUGUUUGAUAUUCUUGUACUUGAUAAUAAAUUGUUCUGCUGCCAACACUCUGAAUGUCUCUGGUGUUAGAACGAUGAUGUUUUCACACUGGUGUUAUUUGUAGACGUGGUG